UUCGAGACGUUUCUAGAAGCUGUGGGAAUGUUUCUCGAACCAUCUGAAGCAUUAUAAAGCAACCACGAGGCAUUCAGACGGUGGGUUAUCAUCCCUGCAUUUGCCGGGAAGGAGGCAUCGGUAUCCGUAGUAGACAUCAUCAUACAGGCGGUGUCAUCGGUUUUUAAGAUUGUCUAUUACAUAUCAAACGUAAAAGGGAACAUACGAGAUGCCUGAAGCACAUGACCAGCCAAUGGAGGAGGAGGUGGAGACCUUUGCCUUUCAGGCAGAGAUCGCCCAGCUGAUGUCCCUGAUCAUCAACACCUUCUACUCUAACAAGGAGAUCUUCCUCCGAGAGCUCAUCUCAAAUUCCUCAGAUGCUUUGGAUAAAAUUCGCUAUGAGAGUCUCACAGACCCAAGCAAAUUGGACUCAGGGAAAGACCUGAAGAUUGAGAUUAUUCCAAACAAAGAGGAGCGCACCCUCACUCUCAUUGAUACUGGUAUUGGAAUGACCAAGGCUGACCUGAUCAACAACCUGGGCACCAUUGCUAAGUCCGGUACCAAGGCCUUCAUGGAGGCUCUGCAGGCCGGUGCAGACAUCUCCAUGAUUGGUCAGUUUGGUGUCGGCUUUUACUCCGCCUACCUGGUGGCCGAUAGGGUGACAGUCAUCACCAAACACAACGAUGACGAGCAGUACGCGUGGGAAUCAUCUGCUGGGGGCUCCUUCACUGUGAGAGUGGACACAUCUCAGCCAGCGGUCCGUGGAACCAAGGUGAUCCUGCACCUUAAGGAGGACCAAACGGAGUACAUUGAAGAACGGAGGGUGAAAGAGAUUGUCAAGAAGCAUUCUCAGUUCAUUGGGUACCCCAUCACUCUUCAUGUAGAGAAGGAACGUGACAAGGAGGUGAGUGACGACGAGGCCGAAGAGGAGGACAAGGAAAAAGACGAGAAGGCGGAGGAUGACGAGAAUGACGACGAUAAGCCAGAGAUUGAGGAUGUAGGAUCCGAUGAUGAUGAGGACCAAGAUAAGAGUGGGGACAAGAAGAAGAAGAAGAAAAAGAUCAAGGAGAAGUACAUUGACCAGGAGGAGCUUAACAAGACCAAGCCCCUCUGGACACGCAACCCUGAUGAUAUCACCAAUGACGAAUAUGGAGAGUUUUACAAGAGUUUGACCAAUGACUGGGAGGACCACCUGGCUGUGAAGCACUUCUCUGUGGAGGGUCAGCUGGAGUUCAGGGCCCUGCUCUUUGUUCCACGGCGUGCUCCCUUUGAUCUCUUUGAGAAUAAGAAGAAAAAGAACAACAUAAAGCUGUAUGUGCGCAGAGUCUUCAUCAUGGACAACUGUGAAGAGCUCAUCCCAGAAUACCUCAACUUCAUCAAGGGUGUGGUGGACUCUGAGGACCUUCCCCUGAACAUCUCCCGAGAGAUGCUGCAGCAGAGCAAGAUCCUGAAGGUGAUCCGUAAAAACCUGGUGAAGAAAUGCAUGGAGCUCUUCACUGAACUGUCUGAGGACAAGGACAACUACAAGAAGUACUAUGAGCAGUUCUCCAAGAACAUCAAGCUUGGGAUCCAUGAGGACUCCCAGAAUCGCAAGAAGCUGUCUGAGCUCCUAAGAUACUACACCUCCGCCUCUGGUGAGGAGAUGGUCUCUCUCAAGGACUACGUCACCCGUAUGAAGGACACCCAGAAGCACAUUUACUACAUCACAGGUGAGACAAAGGACCAAGUGGCAAACUCAGCCUUUGUGGAGCGCCUGCGUAAGGCUGGCCUAGAAGUCAUAUACAUGAUCGAGCCCAUCGACGAAUACUGUGUCCAGCAGCUGAAGGAGUUUGAUGGAAAGAACCUAGUGUCAGUGACCAAGGAAGGCCUGGAGCUGCCAGCUGAUGAGGAUGAGAAAAAAAGGCAGGAGGAGAAGAAGGCCCAAUUUGAGAACCUCUGCAAGAUCAUGAAGGACAUCCUGGAGAAGAAGGUGGAGAAGGUCACAGUCUCCAACCGCCUGGUGUCCUCCCCCUGCUGUAUUGUCACCAGCACUUACGGCUGGACUGCCAACAUGGAGAGGAUCAUGAAGGCCCAGGCACUCAGGGACAACUCCACCAUGGGUUACAUGGCUGCUAAGAAGCACCUGGAGAUCAACCCAGACCACCCCAUUGUGGAGACACUCAGGCAAAAAGCUGAGGCCGAUAAAAACGACAAGUCCGUGAAAGACCUUGUCAUCCUGCUCUUCGAGACCGCUCUGCUUUCCUCUGGCUUCACACUGGAUGACCCGCAGACACACUCAAAUCGCAUCUACAGGAUGAUCAAGCUUGGCCUCGGUAUCGAUGAGGAAGACUUAUCCACAGAGGAGACCACGGCUGCAACCAUUGAGGACAUGCCCCCACUGGAGGGGGAAGACGAUACAUCAAGGAUGGAGGAAGUAGACUAAAAGAACGUCUAACUUAAAAUGCAGAAUUCAGACUGGUUCUGUAAAUAAUUGCAGGGUUGACUCUGAGUAUUGUUAAAAGUUUGGAAUGCACGUUUUCCUUGUGACCCCCUGUUUCCAACGGUUCUGAAGGUUGACUAACUGCCCCAUUCCUUGGCUGUGGGUGCAAGUGAACCCAGACAGCAUCUCAUUCCUAAUUUUAUUUUUGUAUUGAUACUUUUUGUUCGGCUCUUCCCUUUUGUAUUUAUCAUUCCAUGUCAUAGUUAAAGCACUGUGUAUAUAUUGAUUAAAAAUGUGGGUACAAACUAAAUAAAAGUUUACUCUUUCAGCCUACAAA